AUGAAAAUCAUUCGCCGUCUUCAGAAUGGGUGCAAGGCAGAGUUUUCGAUCGGAGACAAGCAAACCGUGACGGCGUUGGUGAGACUAGGUCUCCUGACAGCGAACCUCGACUCCCCUUUGCACAGCUUGUGGACGAACCAGAAGCACCACAACGCCAAAACGGAAAGAGCGUGCCAGGCAUGCGUAGUUCCUAGGAGGGACCUCGGUAACCCGAAGUACGACAUUGUCAAGAACGCCCGGACAGCGGAUGGACUCAGGGAGGACCUCAGCCGCGUUGCCGCCACGGAAAAGAAGCAGGACCGGGAUAAGCUGUCACGAGCUCUGGGCGUGGUCGUGCCCCGGUAUCCCAACCCCCAGGACGAGGUCGCUUUCGACCGGGUUGAGGGAUGCGGCAUGGACAUUUUGCACCAGUCUGCGCUUAACUCGGGCAAGAAGAUCAUGGGCUUUGUGAUGGAUGCUCUUGAUCCCGCUGGUUCCGAGAUUGUGCGUGCUCGGUUUGCAUGGUGCCGGAUGCUGCCCCCGAACGUUUCGCCGAUGGCCGACAUCACCAGUGCUGGAGGGUGGUCGGCGUUGACUGGUCAACAGUUGUGGCUCGUUUCCAGUAGCUUCCCCUUCCUCCUCGCGCCAAUCUUCUCCAGUCCGGACAAUCUGGGCCGCUAUGUUCGGACCAUGGUCGUUACAGAGGUGGCAGAUCGCAUCAGUGUGGACCCCGGCACCCCCGCUGGCAAGGCGGCUGUGUGCAAUGCAUUCCAAGACCUCGUCAAGGCUUGCAGCUGGAGCUGUUUCGUGGUACGCUCACCUUCAUUUACUGCGGAAGGCUUGCGUGCUUUGCAAAAGUCUCAGCUAGAGCAGGUCAAGCAGGCCACUCGAGUGAUGGGGGUUGCUCUCGGCACCAUCCACAAAGGGCUUCACAUCGCUCGCAAUGUGGUCGUUAACGGCGUUGUGACGAAUUGCAAUGUCGGAGAGGCCAAGAACAAGGAACUGAAAGCAUCGGCUCCUUCGGCGAGUGGACGAGACAACGCCCGGCAUAUUUGGCGUGCUACGAACGACAGCUUAGCUAUCAAAGCGCUGGCGGACGCAAUCGAGUGGACAGCCUCGGGUUGGACCGGAAGCAAGUGGGAGAGGCGAACGGUCACGGCAGGCGACCUCUGCCGUCAGACCCUCCAGGACUUAUUCUCCGUCCUGUUGCUCGCGCCCGCCUUGUCGGACACGCUGUCGGCGGGGCGACCAUGGGGUUAUGUGGAGUGGGAUGAAGACCUUGUCGGGACGGAGGCACCACUCACGGGAGUAGACGGAGCUGACUGGCAAUCUGUUGUCCGAGAAACGCUUCCGACCGCAGUACAACAUGAGGCGCAGUACAAAGACAAGCUCGGCUGCGGCCGGGAAGAGUCCGGACCGCUCUGCAACGACGACGUGUGUGCGUUCUGCUGCCGAGAUGUGGUGGGCUCGCCUCGCGUUCGGUGCCUGUUCGAGCCGAGCAUGGACGCAGAGGGGUUAAGCGACAGGGGGUGCGUGGGCGGUUCCAUUGUUGACGGCAGAUGGAGAGGCGGGCGAAAAGAUCAUCGCGGAGACGGGGGAUUUGGGUGGGAGGUGGUAAAGGGAGAACACUUACGGAUCGUAGGCCAUAGGUACCUUGCGACGGAGCCGGGGACAGGGUAGGUGGGAGAGAGAGCUUGCGCCCGAGGUUUGCGUUUCGCGCCGUUGCAGCCGUGUGUCCCUGCGUUGGUUUGUUUGCCAGACGUUGCGGCGGGGAUACGAUACGAGAUGGCAUGCCCACACAUACCGGCGGACCCUUGUCUCAGCAGGAUAUAAAUUCGUACCGGUGGCAAUGUGAAUCUACCUCAAUUGUUUUCCCUGCUUUUGGUGCUCGUAGGAGCUCGUUCAAACUUCGUGGGCGACAACCCCGUUGUUCCUUGUCACAAACGCUAUUUGUUGCGUUCUUUUGUCGACGGCUUCAAUAGACUCCACUCUCACCUGGCGGUUUCUCUUUCUGAUUUUGGUUUUGUCUAUUUCAGCGUCUCACGAAAGAGAGGCGGUUGCUACUCCUCAAUACCGUGGAUUGUUCAUCUGUGGAUUGUAAUGUUGCACUUACAUAUUUUUGGUGUGUGUGACUCCCCUUGCUUUGCAAGGCUAACACGGGUUCAGCCACUGCUGCUCCGUGACGCACGUGUGUUGGGAUUUUUGUUUGUUUGCCGUUAAGGGAAAAUUUAACCUCGUCGACUGGAUGCGGUGCCUUCUUCAUUUGAUCCAUCGCGCUCAAAGCAGACAAUGUUAUUGUUGCUGGUAGUAACGACCUUAUUUAUCGCUUUUCUUUAUUUAUAGGAACUAGAUACCGGCGGCCCUCCUUGAUAUGUAGAAAAAAAUACCUCUACGUGUGGAACAAUUCCUUUUUAUUUGCCCCUCGAUCGCUGGGUAUUUCAGCCUGUAUGUAGAAAGCCCAGCCGGAGGAAAGAACAACAACGAACGGUCGCCGAUGAACGGCUAGACAUUUUCUCAAUAAAUGGUAAUAAAAUGAAAGAUCAGUUUACACGCGAUCUGCCGGGUUUCGGACCUGCGUCUGAAGACUUGAAGGUCAAGCAUGGUGGGCAGCCGCAAAAAUAUCUAACCUUUUCAUUCUUUCAAGGGAAAGCCAUACAUGUAAGGUAUGGAAGAACGCCGCCACGUCUGUGUCCAAAAAAUUGCGAGGGUCGUGAGACCGGCGACGGAAAAAAGAAAAAAACGAUAGCAUGCGAGGUGUUUGUGGGUUUGAACCCCGUCCUCAACGAAACUAACGUUCACGCUGUGACUGCUGGGCUAGUGCACGGAACUGGUAGUAAUUUUUUCAAUUGAAAGGCAUAUGCAUAUAUUAGGUAAAUAUCUGUUGGAAGUCUUCACAGCGAGCGGUCGCGACAGACUUUACUAUUGCUGCAUGUACUUGACGGUUUACUUUAUUUCGUAUGUGCGUAUUAUCUUGGUAAUGCAAUCGUCAAGCCAUACACCCGAGUGCCACAUUGUUUCUAGCUGUCGUUCUUUUGUUUCUAGUUCCACACCCACCACGUGAUACAUUCUAUCGCAUCCACCCGCGUGCCUUCACGGCCAGCCUGAGAUUGUGGAUGUUUCCCACCCUGCACCAUCGGUGCUUUCACAACCAGGAGGUCUGUGGCCUAAGGUUGUGGCUACCCCCCAACCAUUAUGAUCGGGGAAAGUACAACAACAUCGGUCUGGCCUAAAGUUGCUUCCGCUCCUGGCCAAGUGGAUAGCGCUAGUUCGUGUGUACACAGAGGGAAGAGAGUGCUGAACUCUUCUCGCAUUAAAAAUUGAAGGCGAAGUACCGCAGGAGGGGAGGGUGGAGAGAGGCUCUUCUGUGUGACCACGGGUUGGAAUAAACGGCACUAGUGCUGUGAGCGCUGAUU